AUGGUCACACAACAAGCGAAAAUACUAUGCUGUGGAGAUGUUAACGGAAAUUUUGUCGAUUUGAUUAAAAAACUAACAGUGACUGAGAAAAAGAAUGGUCCGUUCGAUUCUCUGUUCUGCGUCGGAGAAUUUUUCGGAGACGAUGACGAAGCGAAUGAGAAAGUCAUCAAUGGAAAUAUCGAGUUCCCAAUACCAACAUAUAUUCUAGGACCAUCAAACCCUCGGUAUAGCUAUCUCUAUCCGGAAGAAUCAAUCGAAUUUUCUGCUAAUCUAACUUACCUUGGAAAGAAAGGAUUGCUAAACACUGCAUCUGGUUUGCAAAUCGCCUAUCUGAGUGGUGUUGAAGGAACAUCAAAAGAAAUGAAUUGUUUCGAUAAAUCUGACAUCGACGAAUUGCUCGUUCCACUUGGAACCCAAGUUGGUUUUUCGGGAACAGACAUUCUUUUAACCUCAAUGUGGCCUGCUGAAGUGGCUCGCCAUUCACACAACCAACCGAGUAAGCCUGUCGCUGGAUCAGUUUUACUCUCGAAGCUCGUUUCUCAGUUAAAACCACGUUAUCAUUUCGCUGGACUUGGCGUCCACUACGAGAGGCAGCCCUAUAGAAACCAUCGUGUGCUUCUAGAACCAGCUAGGCAUACAACAAGAUUUAUUGGACUUGCUCCUGUUAACAAUCCUGAGAAGCAAAAGUGGUUGUACGCAUGCAAUGUUAAACCAAUGAGAAAAAUGGAAAAGGAAGAACUAACAGCACAACCACCCAACGCAUCGGAGUUCCCCUACAGAGAAUUGCUAGAAGAAAUGGCUGCUAAGGAAACUCUGGAUCGAAUGAAUGGAAAAGGACAGCGACCAGAAGGCUCUCAAUAUAGAUUUGAAAUGGGAGGGCCUGAAGAUGGGGGAGGAAGAAAACGGCAUAAUAAUGGAGGUGACGACGGACCACGAAACAAGCAACCAGCGGGUCCAUGCUGGUUCUGCCUCUCAAAUGUGGACGCCGAGAAGCAUUUGGUGGUGGCUAUCGGAACUCACUGUUACGCUGCAAUGCCAAAAGGGCCACUCACAGAAGAUCAUGUUAUGGUUCUCUCUGUCGGACAUAUUCAGUCUCAAGUGGCUGCUCCUGUUGAGGUUCGAGAUGAAAUCGAAAAGUUUAAGAAUGUAUUCACACUGAUGGCUAACAAGCAAGGAAAAGCUUUAGUGACUUUCGAAAGAAAUUUCCGUACUCAACAUCUUCAAGUUCAAAUGGUUAUGGUUGAUAAAUCUUCUACAAAAGCGUUGAAGUCGUCUUUCACAUCGGCUGCCGCUUGUGCUGGAUUCGAAUUAGUCACCAUGGGUCCAGAUGAAAAUCUCCUGGACAUGGUCAAUGAGGGAUGUCCAUAUUUUGUGGCAGAACUUCCCGAUGGAUCCAAGUUGUUCACAAGGAAUAUGAAAGGAUUCCCAUUGCAGUUCGGACGAGAAGUCCUUGCGUCCACACCAAUCCUGGAUUGUGAAGACAAAGUCGAUUGGAAGUCAUGUGUUCUUGCCAAAGAGAAGGAGACGGAACUUGUGAACAAGCUGAAAGCCGACUUCAAGCCGUUUGAUUUCACUGCCGAUGAUGAUUCAGAUUAA